AUGACCACUAGUGUUGAAACCGAGCACGAGCUCUUUCGGAGCGACGUACUCGGGCCUUCCGUCGAACGGCAUAAUAAACUUGGAAAGAGGAAGCCAGCACUGAUCGAAAAAGAUUCAGUUGUGCAAGUGCAGGAAAAGUUCAGAAAAGUUAAACGUGCUGUCAGCGCAGAGAAAAGAAAGCAACAUCUAAGGACGUCUCUGAAACAGGGGAUGGUCGUAAAAAAGAAAACAAAGGAAGAACCGGCGGAUAAGUCAGCUGAAGCCAUUAUACGGGAAAAAAUCAAAUUAAAACGGAAGAUAACCCAAUUAAAAAGGGUCGCAAAUGUGCAGAACAUAGAAAAUCCGAAGAAAGCGAAGCGUGAAGUAGCUGAGGGACGGAAAGUGAAAACACCUCAUAAAAAACGUGUUUGGUCAUAUGACGACGGACAAGAACUUGGUAAUGUCAAUGCAGUUGCGACAGGACUGGCCGAAUCUUCUGCUCCUGACACCUCUCCAGUUGUUUCUCUGUCUUUUUUCCGCAAAAAGCUGAAACGCCGCUCCUCUACAGCUCCAUGCGAUGAAACCAGCGCUAGCUCUUCGAAACAGGUGCAAAAGCCCAGCUGCACAGGCAGCAAGUCGUCGCGCACUUCCGUGGCAUCCAAACAACGAAAAUUCAAAGAAACUCAUAUGAAAUCAUCAGUGGAAGAAGAACCUGUUUCAAAAGCAGUAGCGGAAACAAAAAACAACGCUAAAGGCGAUGCUGAAAAACUUCGUACCGUUUUCGUUGGAAACCUCACUUUAGCAGGGGCGAAAAAGAUUCCAACCGAACCAGGAAUGAGCCGCAGAACCGCUAUUUUGAGAAAGGCGAUCGUCGACAGGGUGAACGCUUACGUCAUGUUUGUGGAUGAAUCCAGUGUCAAGAAGGCGUUGGAUCUGUAA